AAACGGUAAGCAAAAUAGUUUCCCCCCUUUGGUAUAGGUCUAUUUAUUGAUUGUCAAUAAGGAAUGGUGUUUUUGUAAUAUAAUAUUCAUGAUGCCAGGAGAUAAUCAGCAGAUUACCAUGGUGAUGUAAACAGACAUUCUUUGUGGGAGACAAAGGACAUGUGAGACAGCAACUAACGCCAUGCCCAGCAGCACAGAGAAGGGGGACAACCUUGUAAAAGCGGCUGCCUAUUCAAACACCAAGAACAAGCCUAGUCUCUACGACAACAGGAUACAAACUCAUGGGAUGUCGUCUCUCUGCCAGACUUUUACACGGAAAGGUUGGUUUCUUUGGUGACACAUUUGCAGAGAAUGAAUGAUCUCACAAAUCAUAUAGAAGAGGAAUGUCCACACAAUGUGAUUAUCAAAUGGUUUGUCCACAGCCUACACAAUUAAGAAAAUCAACAGAAUCCAGAAAGUCAAGGUCACACAGUGGCAGGCCUGUCAAAAAGCCUGAGAGGAGAAGGUCAUCCAAGAAGAGAUCAGUCAGUGCCAAAGCCACCAAGUCAGAAGUGGACAUUCUCAGUCCAGCAGCCAUGCAGAAUGUUUACUACAUUUCCCACAAUGCAGUUGACUGUCUGGAGUUCAGAGGCUUUGGAUGGCCUGAGUCAACAAAAAAGAAAACAGGAGGAAUGAAGGGCAAGAAACCAAAAAACAAAAAGUGAUUCUACCAUAAACCGUGCCAAGAGCAAAGCAAACAUUGUCAUAGUUUAGUACGGGCUCUAUUCAAUCCGCAUGGCAGAAAUCCAGCUUUACAGCGCAAUAUAAAUUUAAAGGCAAUUUUCCCGAUCAGUGGAGCCUGCUGAGGGGAGGACGGCUCAUAAUAAUGGCCGGAAUGGAGUGAAUGGAAUGGUUUCACGUGUUUGAUAGCAUUCACUUCAUUCCAGCCAGUAUUAUGAGCCCUCAGCAGUCUCAACUGUUGCCAAUUUUAGCAGAGACUGCAUUCAUGCUAAACACUGCUUAUGUCGGCUAAAUCGGAAAUUACCUUUAAACAUCGAUCACAGAAUCUGUAACACUUCAACUUUACAGAUUGAAUAGAGCCCUGAUUAUAAUGUAGAUUUUUGUUUAUCUAUUCUGUUCAAAUUCAAAAUAGAACUUUGGUGACCUCUGGUGGAUUGGUAGUUAUUUACAAAGCACAGGGGAAAGAAAACGUGGAAAUAUGUUGACCUCUGCUGGCAUACCAUACCCAGAUGCUCUCAAGAAAAAUUGUUGUGAUGCAUGUUAAGAAUGCUUUUCUGGAUAAUGGAUGUUAAGAAUAAACAUGGCUAGUUAGAAUAACCACCCCACAAAAUAAUAUUUUACUGGAUGGUGAUGAAGCAUUGCGCUAGGUCCUUUGGCUUGACAACAUUAGCUUGUUAUGCAAUGUAACACCUUUCUCCUUUCAAUUUAUGACAGACACUUGAACAAAAUUCAGCAAAUGUAUUCAUGCAGGCUAAACAGAUGUAGGCACAUCUGAAUUAGGCCUACGAUGUUAGAGAACAGCAUUUAGCCUAGAAUAGACGCCAAACGAUGCAAUUUACAUGAGCUGCUCAUUCUCAAUAACAUAACACCCACAGAAAUAUAAUCCAUAGAACAGGCCUCCCAAUUCAAGUGUAUUUAUAUGAUAACACCACUCAAAAGCAGUAACUGCACUCUGUUUAGUUGGCAAAACUGACAAGCGUAUAUUGUACAAAUGCCAUGUUUAGACUUGAUAUAAAUGCUAUUGCCAGUGCCCCACCUAAAGGCCUGCCCUGCCCAGCUGCUUGCGAGGAUAAGGCCAAGGUUUCUGGAGUUUAGAUGAUCCCACAGCAGUUAUUAAUCUUUGCAUUUCCACU